UGAAGCUGGUGAGUGGAUAGUACAGUCAGUACUGGAUGGUAAUGAUCUCACUAGUAAGAACUAUCAAGAAAAGUAUCAAUCGUACAGCAAGACCAGAACAUGGUGGAUGGAUCAGCAAAUAGAAUAUCCGACAGAGAGGGAAAUGAAGCUUCAGAGAUAUAUACAAUCUUUACAUCAAGACCUACAAGUGGCUCAUGAGAGCAAAGUAUCACUACAGGAGGCACUGGUUGAGGCCAAUAAACAAGUAUAUGGGUCACCUGGUGCUGUACCAUCAUUACACUAUUCUAUACCACUGGAUGGAGUGGCUGAUCCUAAGACAUUAUUUAUUCACCGAUCACUGAGAACUACUCUGUCUCUACCACUACCAGGUAACCCAGUAAGUGAACCAAAACCCAUGCCAGUGGUGAGGAAAAGAGAAAGUGGCAUUGAUUUAGUCUCCAUUAAAGAAAAGGUUCAGCAAGUUCUUACAAACCGUCGAGUUGAUUUGAGCAAAGCUUUUAAACUUUGUCUACCCAGUAUAUUUGAUGAAUUGGUUCAAGUGGGUAUUAUCAAUGAAGACACAGAGAAAUCUUAUGAGGCGAUAAUUGAGAACUUUAUAGUUGGGAUGAUUUUCAUGAAUAGUUCGUCUGAUCUUGAGUCAUACUGUGUGAAGUUUCUCAAUGGAUUAUCUAAAGUUGGUGGACCAGUGGCUCUUGCAGCUGAAACAAUAUAUGAAGAAUGGACUGAGGCAAGUGAAGGAGAACUUUUGUUUGAUUGUUUAGCAAAAAGAACCAAAAACAAUUUAUAG